GUGGAGGGUACCAGGUACCUGCUAGAGAAGAGUCAUAGCUGUUAGCUGAGUAGAAAGCAGAGCAAAGAGCGAGUGAAAUACCAAACUCACUUCACUAGUGAAAAAAUGGAUUUGGGAUUUCUUUUACAUGCACUGAUUCCCUCAUUGAACUCGGUUGCAGUACUAAUCAUAUUCUUUGGUUAUCUGGCAAUUGCUGGAUCUAUACUUCCUGGAAAACUUGUUCCUGGAGUGACACUGCAGGAUGGUUCUCGUCUGUAUUAUUGUUGCAAUGGGUUGUUGUCGUUGCUGCUGCUGAUUGUUCUUCUUGGGGUUGGAGCCAAGAUGGAUCUGUUGUCACCCACUGUCAUAUCAGAGAGCGGACUUGAGCUGUUAUCGACGACCUUUAUAUUCAGUGUUCUUGUGACGUUUUUACUCUAUGCUGCUGGUUGCAAUUCACAAACCCAGGGUUCCUCUCUGAAGCCUCAUGUCACUGGAAACUUAAUACAUGACUGGUGGUUCGGAAUACAACUCAAUCCUCAGUUCAUGGGCAUUGACCUCAAAUUCUUCUUUGUUAGAGCUGGAAUGAUGGGAUGGCUAUUUAUAAACCUAUCAGUUCUAGCAAAAAGUAUUCAAGAUGCCAACUUGAGCUGUUCAAUGAUCCUCUACCAACUAUUCUGUGCGCUAUACAUCCUAGAUUACUUCUUUUAUGAGGAAUACAUGACUUCCACAUGGGAUAUAAUUGCAGAGAGAUUGGGCUUCAUGUUGGUGUUUGGUGAUCUUGUUUGGAUUCCUUUCACUUUUAGCAUCCAGGCAUGUAGUCUUGAACUUGACCUUUGGAUCAUGUGA